AUGAGGUCUAGGCAAUUGCACAGUGAAUCCCGAGCACCCCGAGCCUCCCAGGAAUCCCAAGAAUCCCCAGAUGAGAGGUCAGCAGGAUGGGGGCUGCUCUCGCCUGAAGUGGGCCAGGAGGAGGAAAGGGAGAAGUUCUGGGGGGCGAGUCGGAUUUGGUGGCUGGUGACCAACGCGGUGUGGACCCGUGAGAACCGAGAUGUGUGUCUUCAGGAGCUCCAGCAGAUAUUGGACCAUCAGAGAGAACUAUUGGAGAAAAGGCAGAGGCGCAAAGUCCUGGAUCCAAGGAUAAUUCGGCCUAAUCCUGCUAUCGGACUUCCUCUUGCAAAGCAGAGAACUGGGGAGCAUCGAUUCCAUCUGAGGUCAUCUUCUCCUCCCGCCACCGAUUUCAUCCUGCCUGGCGCUGUCGACCCUGUUGCCACCACGAGGCCCAACAAAGAGGAUCCAAACUCAGAACUUCCUGCAAUCCCCCUAAACACUUCUGCUGGGACGAGCACUGCAAUUGAUGCUGUUGGCACAAACAUGGAACUUCCUGUCUCAUCUCAGGACUCUUCUGUCACUGUAGAGGAGAUUGAUGAAUGGAAUGAGGAACGCUGCCUAAGGAAUCUUCGUUCUAAGAAGUUUUUUAACAUACACGAUGUUGCUGGCUCACAUCAUAAGGAUUUGGUCCCCAAAACUUCUACCCCAUCUCUGGAAUCUCUAUCCACUGUACACGAAAUUGAUGGACACGUUGAGGAGAAACGACCCGUGAAACUUACUUCUAAGAAGUUUUUUAACAUACAUGACUUUGCAGCCAUUGAAAUAUUUUCUCUGACACCUAUUGCAGCCCAGGUGAUCACAGACAGUGAGGAGGAAGACAAGGAAGAUCAAGAAUCUACAGAAGUUAUUCUCAAAAGAUCUUUAUCCUUAUCCAAGGUGGAGAAACCUGAGGGUACAGCCAGCCUGAUGUCGGCCAAGGGUUUGACUGAGUCCUUCGAGACAGCCAUUCCAGAAUUGAAGGCACUGUGGGCAUCUCUGAGUCAUCGGAAGGACUUUGCAUACCGUCCAGCUCCUCAGAAUGUCACUGUUAGAUGUCAGAUAAUCAGAGACAUUAAUAGUAUCUUCCCCGGCUACUCUAUGUUUGUGGAAGUUAGCAAGGAACAGAAGAUGCUUGUCCUUGCAGCUAGAAAGUACAAGAGGUGUAUGAGGUCAGAAUACAUGAUCUCCACUGACAUUAUAGAUUUAUAUUUUGGAGAUUUGAAUUACGUUGGCAGACUUCGGUCGAACCUCAUGAAGACCAAGUACACGCUUUACAACAACAGUGUGGAUCCAAACCAGUGCAGAGACUCAACGGAAAAGUGCUCCACAGAGCAGGAGCUCGGGACCAUCACUUACCUGUCCUCAAUAACUGACUACAUUGAAUAUUCCAACACCAAGCCCACCACCAUUCCGCCUUCCCACUCCAUAUUUCGAAUGUUUCCACCCCGGCCCCCAAAGCAGGACCUCAAUAAUUUCAUUUACUCACAUAGUUUUCUCCUUCACACAGACCUUCAAGAACUUUUUCGCAAAAAAGAAAAAAAAACUAAGGACAAUGCCAUUCAGUUAAACAGUAAAAACCCAUUUGGGAAGCUCAAGACACAGUGGAUGAAGGAGGAGUCAGAGAAGAUUUUUCAACUUACUCAGGAAAGUGAACCUUCCCGUGUGGUCAUGCAGCUUGAGCACGGUAUCAAGAAUCAGUUCGUGCUGGAAUACAGCUACCCUCUGUCGCCACUGCAGGCAUUUGCCAUUGCUCUGUCAAGGUUUGACAGAGGCUGA